CCCUGCCUGGCCGCGGCGCCUGACCCUGUUCCGCAGUCCUCGUCGCCACCCGCCCGGGCCGCAGGACGCCGCGCUCGGGGAGCUGAGCCACCUCUCCGCCAGGCCCGUGCGAGCGGUACAAAGAAAAGACCACUUCCCUGCUGGGGCAGAGGCCAAGCCAGAGCCCUCGCCCCAUCACCUCUCUGCCCUGCUUGAGUCUGGAAUGGACCUCCCUGCCUGGAAGCUGCAUGGCCUUUGGUCCUGGGCCUGCCUGCCCCCUGGGGAACACAGGCAGCAGCCACAGUGGCAGUGAGGCCGUGGCAGUGUCAGCAGCAGAGGAUGCCCCAGGCCCUGGAGCGUGCAGAUGGCAGCUGGGCCUGGGUGGUGCUGCUGGCCACCAUGGUGACCCAGGGCCUCACCCUGGGCUUCCCCACGUGUAUCGGCAUCUUCUUCACUGAUCUGCAAUGGGAGUUCCAGGCCAGCAACAGCCAGACCUCUUGGAUCCCCUCCAUCCUUAUGGCUGUGCUCCACAUGGCAGGGCCCCUGUGCAGUAUCCUGGUGGGACGCUUCGGCUGCCGAGUGACCACGAUGCUGGGAGGUGUGCUGGCCAGCCUGGGCAUGGUGGCCAGCUCCUUCUCUCGCAACCUCAGCCAGCUCUACUUCACAGCAGGAUUCAUCACAGGUGGAAGGCCCCACUGUGCCUCCAGGCUGGUAUCCCCUCUUGCCCCAUAGGCCUGGGCAUGUGCUUCAGCUUCCAGUCAAGUAUCACGGUGCUGGGCUUCUAUUUUGUCCGCCGGCGGGUGCUGGCCAACGCGCUGGCCUCCAUGGGCGUCUCCCUGGGCAUCACGCUCUGGCCACUGCUCUCCCGCUACCUCCUGGAGGACCUGGGCUGGAGGGGUACCUUCCUUGUCUUCGGCGGGGUCUUUCUCCACUGCUGCAUCUGCGGGGCCAUCAUGAGGCCUGUGGCCACCAGUGUGGCCCCUGAGACCAAAGAAUGUCCCCCACCACCUCCCGAGACACCUGCACUUGGCUGCGUGGCCGCAUGUGGCCGGACCAUCCAGCGCCACCUGGCCUUCGACAUCCUGCGGCACAACACAGGCUACUGCGUGUACGUACUGGGUGUGAUGUGGUCCAUCCUGGGCUUCCCACUGCCACAAGUCUUCUUGGUGCCAUAUGCCAUGUGGCACGGGGUGGACGAGCAGCAGGCAGCCCUCCUCAUCUCCAUCAUUGGCUUCAGCAACAUCUUCCUGAGGCCCCUAGCCGGACUGAUGGCAGGACGGCCAGCUUUUGCUAGCCACCGCAAGUACCUGUUCAGCCUGGCAUUCCUGCUCAAUGGGCUCACUAACCUGGUGUGUGCGGCAUCAGGUGACUUCUGGGUGCUCGUGGGCUACUGCCUGGUGUACAGCGUGUCCAUGAGCGGCAUCGGCGCCCUCGUCUUCCAGGUUCUCAUGGACAUCGUCCCUAUGGAUCAGUUCCCCAGAGCCCUGGGACUCUUCACUGUCCUGGAUGGCUUUGCUUUCCUCAUCUCCCCACCACUGGCCGGGUUGCUCCUGGACGCCACCAACAACUUCAGCUAUGUUUUCUUCAUGUCCAGCUUCUUCCUUAUCUCAGCUGCCCUCUUCAUGGGUGGCAGCUUCUAUGCCCUGCAGAAGAAGGAGCAGGGCAAGCGGGCUGUCGUGGCAGAUGCCUUGGAGCAGGAUAUUUUCUUGGAAGCCAAAGAUGGUCCUGGGAAGCAGCGGUCCCCUGUGAUCAUGUAUGUAACCAGCGUCUAAGACCCAGGGGUCACCUGUGUGACCAGUGUCUGAGUCCUGGGGUCACUGAGUGAACACCGUCUCAGCCCAGCCCAGGAGGGGGACCUUCAGCUCCUUCACCAGGGGCUUGUGUGAAGAGCAGCCCAGGAAGCCCGGGCUGUCCAGGCUCUGCAAGCUGGGACUCUGCCAGAAACUGGGACCUUGGAGGAUGGCCUCUGAAGAUGCCCUGAGAAACUUUGUUUUUUUUUUUUUUGAGGCAGAGGUUUGCUCUUGUUGCCCAGGCUGGAGUGCAGUGGCACCAUCUCGGCUCAC